AUGCCGAGAGCGCUGCCUCAGCUGAGGCGCUGCCGGGGUCGUGCGGAGGAGGGCGCUUCUUCUCUGUUCUAUCGAGGUAAACUUUGGGUGAGAUUGGAUGAGCAAAGUUGGCCAAAAAGCCUCUUAUUUUUCCUCCUUUCCUAUUCUGUUGCAGAUUUUGACUUGAACUAUUUUUGGCAUUGGAGCAAGUUUACAGACUACGUGCAGUGCGUCCUGACCUUCACCGGGGUGACAGGUUACAUCACUUACCUCUGGCUCGACUCAUCCCUCUUCGUCGAGACGCUGGGCUUCCUGGCCGUCUUCACCGAGGCCAUGCUGGGCGUUCCCCAGCUCUACCGCAACUACCACAACAGGUCUACAGAAGGAAUGAGCGUCAAGAUGGUGCUGAUGUGGACCAGUGGGGACACCUUCAAGACUGUUUACUUCAUCCUGAACCAGGCCCCUUUCCAGUUCUCCAUCUGCGGCCUCCUGCAGGUUUUUGUGGACAUUGCCAUCCUGCUGCAGGUCUACCUGUACAGUUCCUACCCGCAGAAGCCGGCGUCCCACCCUGCGCACCCAGCCAGCGCCAAGGCCCUCUGA